AUGAUCCUCGCAUUCGCCCUCUGCGCCACGGCCGCGGCCUUCGUCGGGCCGGCCGCCGCGCCGCGCACCACUGAACUGCAGCAUCAUAAAGUGAGAAGCCAGGUCGCCGACCUCAAGAUCUACCGCGAGGAGAUCGACUGGGAAACUGGCGAGGUCGUCCAAAGGGAAGUGGUCGAGGAACCAGUGGCGAAGGAGCCGGUGAAGCUCAAGUACACCUACGAGGAGCGACGGGGCGAGGAGGGCCAGAAGCUCGCGCUGCCGCCCGUGUUCGGCGGCGUGGGCGCCGCGAUCGCCGUCGCGGCGAUCGCGGCGCAGGAGCCCGUCGCCGCGCUGUUCGCGACGCCCGCGGUUCUAGGUGCCGCGGCGUUUGCUGUAAAUGAACUCAAGCCCGUGCCCGUGACCUACGUUGGAAACUGUGUGGAAAUCAACCAGUGCGUCGGGUGCACCCGACAAUUCUUCACUAAGUCAUUUCUCGGCGAUGACGUGGCCGUCCUGGCUCGGUCAAGCGGUGAGGAACCGGCAUCGCCACGCCAUCGAGCAGACAUCGCGUCGAUGGCGUGGAGGACGACGCGAUGAUUCAGCACGAACGCGCCGUAAAAUUUUGAUUUCCACACAGGUAGGAAACGAAGAUCGCCUCAAGGCCCAGUUCGACAAGCACGCCUCAGAAGCCAUGAAACUGCUGUUGGAGGACGUGACCGCCCAUAGAUAUUUCGAGGGCGUCCAUUUGGAGCCGGCGUUGAAGGAAUUAGGAUUAGCCGGCCUCGGCCCAGAUCCUCCGACAUUAAUCGAGGCGGAGCUGUCGGGCGGCGGCGCGGACGACACGGACGAGGUGACGCUGUCCCUCGUCUUCUACUCGCCGGAAUGCCCCUACAAGCUCUGGGCCGCGUUAGAUCGGAAAGGUACCCUCGACGCCUUCUUCGGCUGCAAUGCCGAGGUGGAGAAGAUCUCGCAGCCCGAGAAGAAGCUCGCCGUGCGCCUGUCCGUGCUCAAGCCGGUGCAGACGCCGGCGGCGGCCGUGCCCAUCGCGUCGGCGCCCGCCGCGGCCAUGGAGGCGUCGGCGGCGCCGGUCGAGGGCGCCGUCGCGCGAUAG